UGAAGGGAUCAGACAGAUGAGAGCAGUCAGGAGGGGUGUACGCAUAAAAGAGUUGGCUAGUGGGCGGCACAGGGGGGCACUACGGUACAGCAGAGAAAGUGUGUGAGAGAGAACGGAUGACAUAAGGAUGUGGAAGAGUGUGUGUUUAAUUUUAAUGUGCGUUGUGCUGACGUACGCUCAGUUUCCACGUCAGUGUGUGACACAAGAAGGUCUCCUGAAUGGCACCUGCUGCCCAUCACCUACCGAACUGCCCAAUGAUGAGUGUGGAUCCAGUACUGGGAGAGGUCAAUGUGUGUCAAUUACUGCUGACCGCCGCCCACAUGGGCCUCAGUAUCCCCACGAUGGGAGGGACGACCGAGAACAAUGGCCACUACGGUUCUUUAACAGAGCCUGCCAAUGCAACGCAAACUUCAGUGGAUUUAACUGUGGGCGAUGCCGACAUGGUCUGACAGGGCCAAACUGUGAUCAAAGAAUCACCGUGGUGCGACGUAACAUCAUGCAAAUGUCUGCUGAUGAGAAAAGAUCAUUUGUGAAUGCUCUGGACCAAGCCAAAAGAACCAUCCAUCCCGACCUGGUCAUCUGUACCCGUCGCUAUCAGGAGAUUUUUGGGCCGGAUGGAGGGAGUGCUCAAUGUGAGAAUAUCACCAUCUAUAAUUACUUUGUUUGGACCCACUACUACUCGGUCGGCAAGACUUACAUGGGUCCAGGCCAGCAGAGUUUUGGAGGUGUGGAUUUCUCUCACGAAGGACCGGGAUUCGUCACCUGGCAUCGGUACCACUUGCUGCAACUGGAAAGAGACAUGCAGGACAUGCUGGGGGACCCGUCGUUUGCCCUGCCGUACUGGAACUUUGCUAUCGGAGGCAGUGAGUGUGAUAUCUGUACUGAUGACCUGCUGGGAGCCAGAAGCAGCUUUGACACAAAUGGUAUCAGUUCCAACUCUGUAUUCUCUCAGUGGAGAGUCAUCUGUGAGAGUGUGGAGGAGUAUGAAACACUGGGGACCAUCUGCAACAGUACAGAGACAAGUCCGAUCCAGAGAAACCCUGCUGGUAAUGUGGCUCGACCCAUGGUCCAGAGAUUACCAGAACCACAAGAUGUCAUCGACUGUCUAGAGCUGAACACUUUCGACACACCGCCCUACUACUCAACUUCCUCUCAGAGUUUCAGGAAUACUGUUGAGGGUUACAGUGCUCCCCAGGGCAACUAUGAUCCAGUGGUCAGGAGUCUGCACAACCUGGCUCAUUUGUUUCUCAAUGGCACAGGUGGACAGACUCACCUGUCACCAAACGACCCCAUCUUUGUUCUGCUUCACACUUUCACCGAUGCCAUCUUUGAUGAAUGGCUUCAGAGACACAGUGCUGCAGGUACAGUGGUCUAUCCUGAGGAAAAUGCUCCUAUCGGUCACAACAGAGACUUCAACAUGGUUCCUUUCUGGCCACCAAUCAGAAAUGCAGAAAUGUUUGUCACUGCUCCAGACAAUCUGGGCUACACCUAUGAAGUUCAGUGGCCAACACGACCCUACACUGUCUCAGAGAUCAUCACCAUAGCAAUUGUUGCCGUGGUGCUUGUUGUGGCUGUGGUGGGCGGAGUCAUCGGGUGUGCUGUUCGGGCACGCUCUUACCGCUCAGCUGAGGGCCUCGAGCCAUUGCUAGGUGAACAGUUCCGGCGGUACUCAGAGGAUGAGCGUCAUGUGGGAAAAUCUCAGUCUAUGGUCUGACUGAGGAAUUAAGAAACAUAUCUUAAACAUCGUUAUCAUUGCACUGUGCAAUCACACUGUUCUCAAGAGUAUGACUUAUGAAUUAUUAGUGUUCAAAGGCAGCGUAAAAGUUUUGUGAGCAUAGGGGGCUUCAUUUAUGACCAUUUAUUUUGGUACUUUUCAUGUCCAGCGAGACAUUGAGAAUCCAGUCAUGUCUGCCUUUAAAACACAUUUAAUGUUCAGUUUUAUUCAGUUUUUAUGCACUGCUUAUGAAAGCCCUAUGGACACAAUAAUAUGGCAUAAGACUAAUGUAUGGUGUGACCUAUUUUAUAUUACUCUGAUAUAAAAAAGCUGAAAAGUCAUGUAAGUUCAAUUUUUUGGAACAUUUUUUUGAGUUGCAGAAGAGUUCAGCAGCAACUCCAAAGAAACAACCAUGCUUUCAGAGAGUGCAAACAACAUACAAAAAUAUAGUCAACUAAUAUAAUAAGAUCUACCAAUCAUUCUAUCAGUCAGUCAGUCAGUCUGUCUAUCCAUCUAUCUAUCUAUCUGGCCUGCAUGAGAUUUAAAACUAUUUUAAACUUUUAGGCAAGGCUUGCUUAUGUAAAAUGUACAGUAUAGCUUGAAUGCACCAUUCACUUUGGAUUAUAGCGUCUGCCAAUUGCAUAAAAAACACUUAGCCACCCUUAUUGUAAAUGUAUCAAAACAAUAUUUCAUAUCAUUUCAAUGUGAUGAUUAUAUACUUUAACACAGCAAGGAACUCUUUUCACAAGAACUGUGGUCUUACAAUUCGGUCCAUUCCUUGAUUGAAAAGCUGAAGUUGGUCAAGCUGGUAGCUUGUCUCGUAUUGGCCCAAGGUGGCCUUUCAGUCCUAACCAUCUUAAAGUGAAAUCCAAAAAUGAAAAGUCUCUCAUCAUUUACUCACCCUUAUGCCAUCCCAGAUGUGUAUGACUCUUUCAUCUGCUGAACUCAAAUGAAGAUUUUUAGAAGAAUUUCUCAGCUCUUUUGAUCUAUAAAAUGUAAGCGAAUGGGUGUCAAAAUUUUAAAGCUCCAUAAAUCACACAAGUCAGCAUAAAAUUACGACUCCAGUGGUUAAAUCAAUAUGAUAGGUGUGGGUGAGAAACAGAUCAAUAUUUAAGUAAUUUUUUUACUAUAAAUUCUCCUCCCUGCUCAGACGAUCUCCACUUUAACUUUAACUUUCACAUUCUUCUUCUUGUGUUUUUGGUGAUUCACAUUCUUCAUGCAUAUUGCCCCCUACUGGUCAGGGAGAAGAAUUUCUAUCAAAAAAAGGACUUAAAUAUUGAUCUGUUUCUGACCCAAACCUAUCCUAUCACUUCUGAAAACAUGGAUUAAAACACUGGAGUCAUACGGAUUACUUUUAUGACACCUUUAUGUGCUUUUGGAGCGUCAUGUUUUUGGGUGAACUAUUCCUUUAACCAAACCCCAUCCAGCUAGAGAAGUACAGUAAAGCAACUACCACUUGAAGCUGGUUUGUGCUGUAUUUUUUAGCAAAAGUGACAAGACUUCACACAGUAGAUUAUAGCCUACUGUUACAGCUUGCACACAUUAAAAAUAAUAUACACA